AUGGCCCAUCGGGAAGACGAAGACGCCAUCUCUGACACCGCCAUUGCAGAGAUUCAUGGCGAACCCCUCUCUGAUCUCGAUCAACAGCUCUGGGAUAUUUUUGCAGCCACAGCUUCCGCCCAUCCUGAGAGAGAAGCAAUAGUCUCUCUGUGGCAACCCGCAAAUGCCAGCCACGUAUCGGAAGAUGAAAUCUCGACUGCGCGAUCGGAAUGUCUCAGAUGCUCGUAUGGAAACCUCCGGGACAGCGCUGAGCAUCUGGCUGACACUCUGGAGAAGCUGGGCGUCGGUGCUGGCAUGCAUGUCGCCGCUGUGCUUUGGAAUUGCGCAGAAUGGGGCUUCUUGCUCUGGGCCUGUGUCAAGAUCGGGGCUGUCUUCGUCCCCAUUGAUCCUCGUGUGACGGACGACGUUUGCUUGAUGCUCGAGUCCAUCACACCACGCGUGUUAGUGGUCCAGGACACUGAAGCCGCAGUACUUCUAGAUGGAGGAAUGCCCAAGCCUCCAUAUCCCCUUCUCCGUAUACACUGUGGAGGUUGUUCCAUGGAUGGCUGGUGGCUGGAGGCACUCGGUGACACAGACGACGAUCAAGGACCGCGCCGAGCCAACGGAAACGCUCCCGCUCUCAUUGUCUUCACGAGUGGAACGACGGGCAAGCCCAAAGGAUGCCCUCACACAAACCGCAACCUGGUGUCUCAGACCAACAACUAUGAUGCCAAUGCCGACCCGAGCUUUGUCGACCGCUGGCUCGUCCACACGCCCGUGUGCCAUGUCUUUGCCAUCAACAACGCGCUUCGUGCGUGGCGACACGGCGGCACCGUCGUAUUCGCGGCCAAGUCUUUCCACAUUGACGCCACGCUCACGGCCUUGGUUCAGGAGAAGUGCACCGUCAUGUCAGCCACGCCAACCCUUGUCCGGGCCCUCUUGUCCCACGGCUCGUUUCCGAGCUCACGGGACCUGAACCUGUCUAUUGUCUCGCUGUCUGGCACCAUGAUUGGGCCGGAGCACAUACGGCUUUGUAGAGAGGGGCUUGGGGCGCGUGACGCUAUCCAGGCUUAUGGGAUGACUGAAGGGGCGCCAAUUGUCAGUUGGUCUCGACAGGAUAAGAUGCUGGUAGAUGGACAUCAUGAUGGAGUUGGAAAGGUUCUUCCCGGAGCGGCGGUGCGCAUUUGCCGUCCAGGGACUCGACAGGUACUAUCUCGGAUGCAAGUUGGAGAGCUCCAUAUUGCUGGGACUUCGGUGUCGGGGCGGUGGUUAAAGACGGGAGACCAGGCGAUGAUUGAUGACAAGGGGGUUGUCUACAUCCUUGGACGUUACAAUGAUUUGAUCAUUCGAGGAGGAGAGAAUAUCAAUCCUCUUAAGAUAGAGUCUGCGCUAUCUGAAAUCCCGGGUCUUGUCCAUGUGCUCGUCGUGGGUGUCCCGGAUGACAUUGCGGGCCAGGUUCCCGUCGCCAUUGUCAAGCUUUCUUUGAGGGCAUCCAAAGCAAAAGUGAUGGAAAAAGCAAGAAUGUUGGGGCCUCAAUACUCCCUCGAUGCAGUAUACACACUUGAGGAAUUGGGCAUUGAAAAUAUUCCAGUCACAUCUCUUGGAAAGCCUAAAAGAGCCAUUCUUACCGAUAUCGUUUCAACACAUCGGAAAACCAUCCAGAAUACGGCCUCCAAAAUGGAAAAGAAAGACACAAUAUCGACAUUAGAAGAUCGUCUAAGGGAAAUAUGGGAUCAGCUGGUGGGAGUCCGUCCCAGUAAGGCGGAUGAUAUCUUUUGCAUGGCCGAUAGCAUCACGCUGCUUCGAUACUGCGACGCUGUGCUUCGAGUGCUUGGAAAACAGCUUUAUCUACAAGAUUUGAGCAAACACGCUACGAUUGAGAAACAGGCUAAGCUUCUGAUUACUAGGGAUGUGCCGUCUGAAACGGAAGCCAAAAUGGAACAGAAAAACAUCGUUCAAGCCUACCCGAUAGAUGAUGGCUACAGUGUUCUACCCAAAGGAGUACAAGAUUACGACUCCAAUCAACAGGCGCUGUUUGAGAAUAGGGGUAAAUACGAUGUUCUGGUCGCUGCUCAAGAGCAAAUUGAGAGAUUUGGUCUGGAUGGAUCGGAUGUCGAAGAUGUCAUUCCCAUCAGGGGCUCCAUGUAUCGAACGAUUGUCGGCCAACGACCACAGUCAUAUCGGAUUCGUCUCAUCUUCCGAUUUCAUGAUGCUUCCAUCUCACAGAUUUACAACGGACUUUUGAGAUGGAUAGCAUCCCGACCUCUUCUACGAACGGUCCUUCUGGGUACCCAAGGAUUACUCUAUCAUAUCGUUGUGCGACACAGUCAGCAUCUCUUUCAAAAGCUGGUGCGUGAGAUUGAAGCGAGAACUGAAAAGGAGGCAAAGGAUAUCUAUGAAGACAGCUCUUCAGAUACCAACUUUCCCAUGUUCAUGUUCAGUGCCGUUAUUGUCAAGAUUCAAGACACGGGACAAUAUCUACUAUGUAUAACUUACAGUCACUCCAUAGCCGAUGCCUUGACACUCUUGCCCUGGCAUCGAGAUUUGGAUCGACUCAUCCACAAUCCCGACGUGGUAGUUCCUAUGCAAACACCUUAUCAACUCUUUGCAGACCUGCUUACAGAGUAUCAAGAUAGUCUGCCGGCGCAGAGAGCCGUUUCGUUCCAUGCUCAACGACUGCGAGGCAUUUCACGUUGCAAAUCCGCAUUAUGGCCCAAACAACGCUCUCCCGGGAUGAUGAUUGGAAACGACAAAAGUUCAUUCUACGCUGCCGAACGUGAGGCAGUCAGAGAUUACAUAUGGAAGGGAGAAUGGCAACAUCGAGCAGGCGAGUUCCGAUUUCCACGCCGCAGCAGAAUCGUCCGUCUGCCAAACAUGGCCAAAAUGCGUGACUUGUAUAAACUAGAACCGGCACUAUUCACGAAAUGUGCCUUGGUGUUAUUCAAUGUCAUCCAGACAAAAUCAUCAGUCGCCCUCUUCAGCUCGUGGGAAAGUGGCCGUUCAUGGCCGUUUGUGCCAGACUGGAUAGCAAACACUCUCCCGCCCGCCAUGAGCAUCGAUGGCCCUACUGUAGAAUGGAUCCUGAACAUGUUUGAAGCAAAGCGUGAAGAAACGCUCGCAGAAUUUGUUCAGCGCAUGGUUCUUGAACAAGAGCAGAUUCGCCGCCAUGAGCAUGUGCCAUGGGAAAAGGUCAUACAGGAGCUUCGCGAAGAAGGCAACGCAGCCAUGGACGCGUCAUUCCGACAAGGUUUUGUGUGGGAUGUGAGUAUGGGGGUAGCAGCAUCUCGAGGAUUCCGCAGUGAUUUCGAGACUUUGGAGCCGGUGGCGCGUGGACUCUUUUGGAGCGCCUUUAUGGUGGAUGGGGAUAAUCUCUUCUUCAUUGCAUCGUGGGAUACAGCACAGUUGAAUGCGGAAGAAGUUGAUGGAUAUUGUGACGGCUUGGCAGAUGCCAUGAGGAAGCUUGCUGAUGAGGAGAACUGGGGCCAUAAGAUAGGCGAGGUGUUUUCUGAGCUUUGA